CGGGUUGUUAACAGUAAGAAAACCACAGAGUAUGGCCAGAUGAAAGAAACUAACAAUGUUAUAACAUCUGUUUAAAUUACCUAACAAAAAUUGACAACACGCGAAUUAGAAAUCAGGAAACGAAAAAUUAAAAGACCCGGAGCUGCUGAAAAUGCAUACGGAUCUUUCCGCCCAUCUGCAUACUCCCGCCUGCAACAAGUUAAUUGAGGAGCUUCAGGCCUGUCACAAAAACAACGGAUUCGGGAAAUUUUUGGGUGUGUGCAACUCCAUUGAUGACAAAGUUGUCAAGUGCCUGAAAAAAGAAAGAAUUGCUAGAUCCGCCGCAAACCGAGCCAAAGCCCGCGAACGUCAGGCAAAAUAUAAGGAACAGUUGCUUCAGGGAGAAGCCAAUUAG